AGCAUGGCUCAGAAGGAGAAACUCCAGUGUCUAAAGGACUUUCACAAAGACAUUCUAAAACCCUCCCCGGGAAAGAGCCCGGGCACCAGGCCGGAGGAUGAAGCCGAAGGAAAACACCCCCAAAGGGAAAAGUGGGCUAGCAAGCUUGACUUUCUUCUGUCAGUCGCCGGGGGUUUCGUUGGUUUAGGCAACGUUUGGCGGUUCCCGUACCUCUGCUACAAGAAUGGCGGAGGUGCUUUUCUCAUCCCAUACUUCAUUUUCCUGUUCGGCGGAGGACUGCCCGUGUUCUUCCUGGAGGUGGCUCUUGGUCAGUUCACCUCUGAGGGAGGAAUCACCUGUUGGGAGAAACUUUGUCCUAUAUUCACAGGUAUUGGCUAUGCAUCCAUCGUGAUCGUUUCUCUGCUGAACAUCUACUACAUUGUGAUCCUGGCCUGGGGCUUGUACUACCUGUUCCAGUGCUUUCAGCCCGAGCUCCCCUGGGCAAGCUGCAACAACAAGUGGAACACAGAAAACUGUGUUGAGGAUACUCUCCGCAGGAACAAGACACUCUGGGCAGCUGCGAACGCCACUAACUUCACGUCCCCCGUCACUGAGUUCUGGGAGCGAAAUGUUCUCAGCAUCUCAGAUGGUAUCGAGGAGGUGGGUCAUGUUAAAUGGGACCUGGCUCUGUGUCUGCUCGCUAUGUGGGUCAUCUGUUUCUUCUGUAUCUGGAAAGGUGUUAAGUCCACUGGGAAGGUUGUGUACGUCACAGCAACAUUCCCAUUUGUCAUGUUAAUUGUCCUGCUAGUACGUGGUGUCACACUUCCUGGGGCAGCCGAGGGCAUCAAAUUUUAUCUGUACCCAAAUGUGACUCGCCUCGGAGACCCAGAGGUUUGGAUUGAUGCUGGGACGCAGAUUUUCUUCUCUUACGCAAUCUGUCUGGGAGCCAUGACGUCACUGGGAAGCUACAACAAGUACAAAUACAACUGCUACAGGGACUGUUUGCUGCUGGGAGGCCUGAACAGCGCUACCAGUUUUGUGUCUGGCUUCGCAAUAUUUUCCGUCCUGGGCUUCAUGGCACAAGAGCAAGGGGUGGACAUUGCCGAUGUGGCAGAGUCAGGUCCUGGCCUAGCCUUCAUUGCUUACCCUAAAGCUGUGACUAUGAUGCCACUGCCUACAUUUUGGGCCAUUCUUUUCUUCAUCAUGCUUCUGCUGUUGGGCCUCGACAGUCAGUUUGUCGAAGUGGAAGGGCAGAUCACAUCCCUAGUGGAUCUGUAUCCAUCCUUCCUAAGGAAGGGUUAUCGGCGUGAAAUCUUCAUUGCUAUUGUCUGUUUUGUGAGCUACCUGUUGGGACUUACCAUGGUCACCGAGGGUGGCAUGUAUGUGUUUCAACUCUUUGACUACUAUGCAGCCAGUGGCGUGUGCCUUUUAUGGGUUGCAUUCUUUGAAUGUAUUGCUGUAGCCUGGGUUUAUGGCGCUGAUAAUUUCUAUGAUGCGAUUGAAGAGAUGAUUGGUUACAGGCCAAACCCCUGGAUGAAAUGGAGUUGGACUGUAGUCACACCUUUUCUGUGUGUGGGAUGCUUUAUCUUCUCAUUGGUCAAAUAUGCACCCCUGAGAUACAACAAAAUCUACGAGUAUCCAGACUGGUCCAUUGGAGUGGGCUGGACCCUCGCUCUCGCCUCCAUGAUCUGCAUACCGAUGGUGGUUGUGAUCAAAAUCAUCCAGUCAGAUGGACCCCUCAUUGAGAUAUAUGCUCUGUAACUUUUGACAUAGUCGUAGGACCAGGUUUACAUUGCUACGCAUCUGCACUAGGAGUCCUUGUUUUGUUUUGUUUUCUACAGAGGAAGUUACAUUUUUCUGUCUGUAUUUUUAAUAUUUUUAUCACAAUACUAUUAUAUUUCUAUUAUUGUCGCUGUUAUUAGCCAGAAAACAGAUUGCAAAACAGCAGUAUCCUGAACUUAGAUCCAAUUUCGUAAAUUUUUAUCUUGUACAUAUCGAAAUCGAAUCGAGCUGUGAUUAUUUUUUUAGACAAAAUUGGUUGGGGAAAUUUAACAAAGGGCUCUGUAAACACCAAUAGUGAAAAGUGUAUGAAGAUUAAAAACUUAGGGCCACCUUUGCCCAUUCUGAAAUGGUCAUUUAAAAAAAAAUAAUAAAAAUAAGGAUUGCAGAUGUUAUGCAUUAUUGUAGAGCUUUUAGUGUGACCCAACAAACCGUUUAGACUGGAGAUUUUGCUGUCCAAGAGAAUCGAGCCAUUAGCACUGCUUGUUUUAAUGCACUAUACCACUAGGACACUACAUUCUCCACAUUGGUGCACCUUUUAAUGGGAUAGUUCACACACACAAAAAAGGAAAAUGUGCUUAAUGGAGUCCAAAACUUUGACUUCUGUUUGAACUGUUUUUUAAAUAUAAUUUUGUAUGUUUUGAAUUUUUUAAAAAUACAAGAUUGUUUUGACUUUUUUUGUGUGAACUAAGCCUUUUAAGUCUAACUGUUUUGUAAGUGUUCCUUUCCUAAGUCACAAGACUUCUGAAAUACACUUCAUGCUAGUGUUGUCAAAAGUAUCGACUUUAGUACCAGUUGGUACUGAAAUUGUACAAAUGUUCAUUUCCUGCUAUCAUUUAAGUGCCAUCAACAGCGAUGAUGAGUGGUGAACUGAUGACCUUUAUGGCUAGUCACAUUCAUUUGUGCUGAGCAUGUUAACACAAUGGCCAAUCAGCGUUGUCUAAGCAACCACAGUUAAAUUUUAGCGGGAAAUUGACAUUUUUAAAAUUUCAGCACCAAUUUGUACCGAACUCGAUACUUUUGACCGCACUACUUCACACUAAUUCUUAACAAUAUUUCUUCCCUCGUCUAAAAAAACAUUCAAACUAGGCGAUUUUGUAGCAAA